AUGUCUGCCGAUCAAACGCAGCAGCAAUUUUCUGAGCCCGACAACAACACACAAGCCGCAGUAUUGGUCCCAGCAGCAAUGACUUUGGCGUUGUCUCUGGUGCUGUAUGGUAUCCGUAUACGAGCUCGACGCUCUUCGCCUUUCGUCUGGACUGAUGGCAUGGUGGCUGCAGCUCUGGUCAGUGUCGUAGAUUGCUUCUCGCUCCAAUGA